AUGAUCCAUGCCCAAAAAUUUACCGUAUUCCGACCUUUAGCAGGAAAUUCACAUUUGCCAACUUCACUCAAAUCACCCAUAAUGUUUCUUCUCCGCCGCACCGCUGUUCGCGCCAUCACCGCGUCGCCUUCGAAGGCGUACCUUGCGAAGCCCCGAUCAAUCAACACCAUAACACCUUCGGCUUUCCGUCUGAGACAACAGCAAUGGUCAAUAUCGUCCUUCCAGCGACGAUUCGCUAGCGAUGAAGCCACAAAGACGGAGGCUGCUGCGGCCGACACCCCCGAGAACUUUGCGCAGACGGCAGCUGAGGCACCCAUCGAGGAGAACUUGACACCAGCGCAGCAACAAGUGCAAGCCGAGCCCACUGACGAAUCUGCUACUGUUGGCCCGGAUGCGUUGGAAUCUGCCGCUGAGCACGCACAGAAAAGCCAGAGCGGAGAGAGGAAGCCACGGACCCCCAGAACUCCCAGGAACACCACACCGAACAAGAUGCUAUACAUUGGCAACCUCUACUACGAAGUCACCGCAGAGCAGCUGAAGCGCGUCUUCUCCAAGUUCGGUGAUGUCGAGAGCACCAAGAUUGUCUACGACAACCGGGGUCUAAGCAGAGGUUUCGGAUAUGUUGAAUUCAAGAACAUCCCAGACGCACAAGCUGCCAUUGACAACCUUGACAUGCAGGUCUUCGAAGGCCGUAACCUCGUCGUCCAGUUCCACGAGCCCAAGCCCAACUCCAGGACCCGUAACACCAACACCAACAGCUUUGAGUCUAACCCUCCCUCCAGGACACUGUUCAUUGGCAACAUGUCUUUCGAGAUGUCAGACAAGGACCUCAAUGACCUCUUCCGCGAUAUUCGCAAUGUCAUGGAUGUCCGUGUCGCCAUUGACAGGAGGACCGGUCAGCCCAGAGGCUUUGCUCAUGCCGACUUUAUCGAUGUUGCUAGCGCCACCAAGGCUAGAGAAGUCUUGAUGGAGAAGACCAUCUACGGCAGGCAACUCCGCGUCGAUUUCAGCAAGUCUGGCACGGAGCAACAACGCAACAAGCGCUCCGACUCUACCCAGGAAUAA